GCCGCGGCAGAGCAAAGAGGAAAAAAAGGAGCGAGCGCAAAAAGUUAAAAAGGCACUUUUGUUAAAGAGCGCGAUUGCCGGGCUUUCAGCGCGGUAGGCUCCUCAGAGGCGACAUCCCCAGCACAUAGCUUAAAAGCCCUCUCGCGGCAAGUCCCACUCGCCGCAAGCUCGCUCGCGCGCAAGCUCUCAGCCGCGCGAUUGGCGAAGUCCCGGGGUGCGCAGCUUCCGCGAUUGGCCGCGGUGGGCGAGGCCAGAGCGCCCGACUAACCUGACCCGGCGGCACGCUCCUCCCUUGCGCGCGAGAGCUUUUCUAUGGCCUCUCUCCGCGGCUCGACGAGCAUCGGGGAAGGGGGGCGAGGACAAGUGGCCCGGACUAAUUCUAAAAAGAAGAUGCGAGCCCGAGAGACACGAGCACACUUGAGCGAAGCACACUCGGCCAGAAGGGUGCGCGUAUGCAAGCGUCCUGCUGCUCGCUCCUGGUAGUUCGUGACUGCGCGUCGAGCUGCACGUACACGUGUGCGUGCACAGAGUGAAUCGUUCUCGUGAUACAGGGUCAAUUCUGCGGACGUACGAGUGAUGCACUGAGUCCGAUGCGAUACGACAUGGAGGAGACAAUGCGCAGGAACCCCUCGAUCUCGCCAAAGACCAGCCAGCCCACGCCGUUCAGCAUCGCGGAUAUCCUGAGUCGACGCAGCGCUUCACCCGCGGAGCAAGGCCGCGAGAUGGACGAUUCAAAGCAGCAGCAGCAGCACAAGAGACCACUGACCAAGAGCGAGAUCUUCGAGGGCUACCAGGCGGAGCACGAGGCGCGCAUCAACCACUUCCUCCGGCUUCCCUCGCCCGAGCUCAACAUGGCCAAGGAGCUGGACAUGCUCAGACGUAACUUGGUGCAGGCGAACCUCGCCGGCUUCUCCAGUUGUCUGCCCCAGAUCGAGCAGGCGACGUUCAAGCCCAUCGAGGAGUUCGCCGCGAGCAAUUACAGGAAGGACGCGAAGAUGCAGCAGCGGCAGCAGGACGAGGCCUUGGAUAUGAGUAAAAGUAAAUACCUCGGCGACAUCGAGGACGAUUUGUACGAGUCACAGUGCCACGGGCAAUCAAUGCCGGGCAGAAAGAAGCGGAGUAGAGCCGCGUUUUCUCACGCCCAGGUCUACGAGCUUGAAAGGCGGUUCGCCGCGCAGAAAUACCUCUCGGGUCCAGAACGAGCGGACUUAGCAAGGGGCCUCAAACUCACCGAGACGCAAGUCAAGAUUUGGUUUCAAAAUAGACGCUACAAAACGAAGCGUCGUCAACAGCAAGAGCUUGGCGCCCUAGUCAAUUCUAACGCGGCGCGUCGAGUAGCAGUCCGAGUUCUGGUACACCCGGACGAGCAUCUUCACGGUCUACCCCCGCCUCUGCGCGGCUCAGCCUCGGGUCUGUCCGGACUACCAGCCACAUCGGCCCAACUUCAACAUCAACAGCAACCACAUCCCCAGACGGGCAAAAUCGGCUUUCCAUACUACUGUCUACCCUAUCACCCGCUACUGUGCGCUCCGGCAGCGCUUCAUCAUCACGCCUCGCCUGCCAUGCAGAUACAUCACAGCUCUCCGGCGUCCGCGACGGCGGGAGACGGCGGUAGACCGGAUGUGGCGAAAUGCGAUGCGGAGAAAUUGUAAAUGGACUGUUGUAUAUAAAGUUGAAUUUAAUCAUCGCGGGAAUGGAUUUUUGUGAUCAUUAACGAGAUGUGGCUAUCACACGUUGUUUGAAGUGAAACUUGUCGACUUUAUGCUGUAGGUGAAUUGAAUUUUUUGUUUGACAAUUUUUCUCAAUACGUGUCUGAUAGUUUAUUGUACAAAAAUUGAAUCUAAAAUUCGUCUUCGAUGGAUAAUUUAGAUAGACGGAAGGCAGAGUAAUGUUAAACCAAAGAAGUGUACUUCAAGUGAAUGAGAAUGAUUCGUCGUGUGUUCUAUAAGUAGUCCUAAUGCAGUUACAUAAAUAUUAAUAGUACGCUUGCAUCUACUUCGAAGAACAGCGCUGUAAAUUUUCAAUUAAUAACCGCAGUACCGGCUCUACGCCAAAUUUGUUUUCGAUUCGAUUGAAAGUAUAAGAUAAUUUAUUCUAGUAUCAUGUUUUUUACUAUAGUUUGCAUAACUGAUCGACGGAGUCGCAAAAAAAUCUCCAAACUUCUUUAGAUUCCUACCAUUUAUCACAACGCAACUAUGAACUAAUAUUAUUGUGACUCCUUUACACGUACGCACUACUCGCGCACUCCGCCAUACACACGUGUAAAGGAAAAAGUGUACCCACCCGCGACUGUAUAAUAGAAGAAACAGUCUUGUAUAUUAGCGUGUAAAUAAAUGUACGAUAAACAAAGGAAUAUGUGUAACCCGAGUGGAAGAAGGAGAAAUAAAAAAGUCCGAAAUAUAAGUAAGUUAGAAAAAAAA